UUACAAAAUGAAAAAAAUAAAUUAUCAUAUAUAAAGAGAACUCUCUAGACAGUAAUGUCUGACCACCGGCCUAAAUCUGUUAGCCUUUAGAUUAAUUUGCUGACAUGUUUUAGCAAUUGCUGUCCAUUCCAUAGUUUCAUUACCUGAAACAUGAUUGGCCAAAGUAGUCAAAACCAAAGCAGCAUAUUAGAUGAUUAUUUAUCAAGAAAAAAAGAAGAAUAAACAAUAUGGCUCAGAUGGCUGCAUGUUUCUUCCUAGAAGGAUCCUUUUUCGCUAGUGACAGAAGAUUUCUGCCUCCCCUUUUCGAAAGGUGUUUUUUCUUUUCCUUUUCAUAUUUAUAUGACAGAAGCUGAUUUCCUGCCUUCUUCUCCAAGUUGGGUUGUUCAGGUACAACACAAAAGCGCAGUUUUUUGCUCUUUAGUUUUCACUGUCUUCCUCUCUCUCACUCUUUUGUUAAUCAUAUUACUUUGUUUCCUCGCUUCAAUCUUUUUCUGCUUCUUGGGUUCCUUUCCUCGCUUCCAAAUUUAUGAUGGGUUUGGCUUAGUUCUUGUUCUUGAAAUUAUAUUUCCUGUUAUUGGGUUUGGCUUCCUUAUUUGAUCUCUGCUUUCUAUUUUAUCUGUGUGUUAGUUUCAUUUCGUAGCUUCUUCCGUACGUUCUUCCUUUGGAUUUUUGGUUAGUCAAGGUUUUUGGUAGAGUUUAGAGUUUAUUUGGUCGGCUAAUUUGAAAGUUCUUGAUUAAAAAUUUAGUGAAUUUAGCUUGAAAGAAAGAAGCUUUUAUUCUUUUACCAGCUAGACUUGGGUGGGAUUUACUUACUUUUUUUUUUUUUGAGGAAUUUUAGGAUUGGGUUGAUAAUGAUGGAUCCUAAAUACACAGGAUUCUCUGAUUAUACAACUGGUUCCAUAAGUGAUGAGCAUACCAUAUUUCCAAACUCUGAUCAAUUCCCAGAUAUUGAAAAUAAAUUUAAAUUGGACAGUCCUUCCUUUGAUCUCAACUUCAUGAAUGUUCCUUUUGAUCCACCUGAUUCAGGUUCAAAUGAUUUGGGUUUAUCCUUUGCACUUAGUCCAGGGGGAGAAUCAUUUGUCCCAGGGUUCAGUCCAGGUGGAGAAUCCUUUGGCCCUUCACCCGGCUGGAGUCCAGAGGGAGAUUCCUCCUCCCCCUCUGAUGAUAGUGAUUCUUCAGAUCCAGUUCUCAAGUACAUAAGCCAGAUGCUUAUGGAAGAGAACAUGGAAGAUAAGCCCCCUAUGUAUUAUGACCCCUUGGAUCUAAAAGCUACUGAGAAGUCAUUGUAUGAUGUGCUUGGUGAGCAAGAUCCUUCGUCACUUGAAUCACCCCAGCCUUAUAUCAGCUAUGAGAGCCCUGAUGGUAAUCAUUCAGGAAAUGGUAGUGAUCAUGGUGGUAAUACUAGUACUAGUACCAGUACCAGUACUAGUACUAGUACUAGCACUAGCACUAGCACUAGCAUUGGCACUGGCGCUAGCACUAGCACUACAUUUGCCACCAAUGAUUUUGUUGAUCCUCAGUGGGUUUUUGAUGUUGAAGAGUCGAAUCCAGUUUUGUUACAGACCCCUUUUCCCAAUGACUACAAUUUCAAGUCCAAUUCCCAUUCCACUUCGCAUUUUUUGGCAAAUCCUUCAAAUUGUCUGCCUAAUAUUGGCGAUGGGAUCAUGGGUUCUUCUCCGAGCGAGAUGGUGCAGAACAUGUUCAGUGAUACGGAUUCUGUGUUGCAGUUUAAGAGAGGGUUAGAGGAAGCUAGUAAAUUCCUUCCUAGAGCUAGUCAACUAGUUAUUGAUUUAGAGAGCAACUCGUUUGCCAAUGGGCAAAAGGAGGAGGCUCCAGUGUUGGUUAUGAAGGAGGAAAAAGCUAAGAGGCCUAGCUCACCUGAUGAGUCAAGGGGUAGGAAGAAUCACAAUCGAGAGGAUUCAGAUUUAGAACAAGGGAGGAGCAGCAAGCAGUCGGCAGUGUAUGUGGAAGAGAGUGAAAUUUCAGAAGUAUUUGAUAAGGUAUUGCUUUGGCCUGGUUUGAAGGGUACACAAUGGUGCUGUGGCCCUGAAGUCAAUCAGGAUGCAGCAAGCAAGAUCCCACAGGCAAAUAUACAAUCAAAUGGAUCAAAUGGUGGAAAGACUCGUUCUAAGAAACAGAGCAAGAAGAAGGAAACAGUGGAUUUAAGGAGUCUUCUGAUUCUUUGUGCGCAAGCUGUCUCUGGAAAUGAUUUUAGGACUGCUAAUGAGCUAGUGAAGCAGAUUAGGCAGCACUCUUCCCCUUUAGGUGAUGGGUCUCAGAGAUUGGCUCAUUGCUUUGCUAAUGGUCUCGAGGCACGUUUGGCUGGCAGUGUCACUGGAAUGCAAAGCUUUUAUACUUCUCUUGCUUCAAGGAGGAGGACUGCUGCUGAUAUAUUGAGAGCUUACAAAACUCAUCUUCAUGCUUGCCCAUUUAAGAAGCUCUCAAUUCUCUUUGCAAACAAAAUGAUUAUGCAUGCAGCUGAAAAGGCAACAACUCUUCAUAUUGUAGAUUUUGGUGUCUCGUAUGGUUUCCAAUGGCCAAUACUUAUCCAGCUUCUCUCUAUGCGGGAUGGUGGGCCUCCCAAGCUACGCAUUACAGGGAUAGAACUACCCCAACAAGGCUUCAGGCCAGCAGAAAGAAUUGAGGAGACAGGACGUCGCUUGGCAAGGUAUUGUGAGCGCUUUAAUGUUCCAUUUGAGUACAAUUCUAUUGCUGCUCAGAACUGGGAAAACAUACGAAUUGAGGAGCUCAAGAUUAAUAGCAAUGAGGUGCUUGCUGUGAAUUGUUUGGCUCGGUUUAAGAACCUACUUGAUGAGAUAGUUGAAGUGGACUGCCCAAGGAACGCUGUUCUUGACUUAAUUAGGAAGAUAAAACCCAAUAUUUAUGUCCAUUGUAUCAUUAAUGGAUCCUACAAUGCUCCAUUCUUUGUCACAAGGUUCAGGGAGGCACUUUUCCACUUCUCUUCACUGUUUGAUAUGUUUGAUUCUACUUUAUCUCGUGAAGAUCAAGGCAGGAUGAUGUUAGAGAAUGAGAUCUAUGGGCGAGAGGCCAUGAAUGUUGUAGCAUGUGAAGGCACGGAGAGGGUUGAGAGGCCCGAAACAUACAAGCAGUGGCAGGUUCGCAUUACAAGGGCAGGGUUCAAGCAGCUCCCAUUGGAACAGGAGGUUAUGGAAAAAUGUAGGCAUAAGUUGAAAACAUGGUACCACAAGGAUUUUGUCAUUGAUGAAGACAACAACUGGAUGUUGCAGGGAUGGAAGGGUCGAAUUAUAUAUGCUUCCUCCUGUUGGGUGCCUGCAUAGUUGUUCUCGGUGGCAUCACAAAAGUUAGAGAGGAAACUGCUUUCUUAUGGAAUUGAGCGGGCUUGAAUAAUCACGAAUUAUGCAUAGAUGCUCCCAUACUAUACAUCUCUUACAGAAGAACCUUGCAGAGAUGGAGAAUGAAGUCUAGACAUGAAUAUCCUUUCUGAGCUUGGUGACGGUGACCUUUAAAAACAAGCUAGAACCCCUCCCCUCAUAUGUGCAAAGGCUGUGAUAUAGACUAAUAAUAGCUGCCACUGGCUUCUGUUAGGUAAUUUUGUAAUCAAAUUCUGGGCUUUCUUUCUUGAUGAUUUUCCAAUUUAGUUGUUCUUUAUGUGGAAAUGCUUUCCAGUACUAUCUUUAUCUGAUGUAUGAAAGUAGGCAGCAAAGAAGUUUUGGAUUUAAA